AUGAUGAGGCCAUUUUGUGUAGUCUCGCCAGGCGUCGGGUUCCCAGCCCCUCUGCUGGGCCUCCUCGCCAUCAUCCUUUUAUGUGCAACAGAUGCUGUCGGGGCAGCUUCUACUCGGGAUCUGGGGAGCGUCCUGGCUGACCAUAAAGACCUGUCAACUUACUAUAACUUGGUCAAGGAAUAUCCCGACAUCCUUCUUCAAUUACCAAGCUAUUCCGGGGUUACAAUCAUCGCCCCCAACAAUGAUGCAUUCGAGAAGCUUCAGGACUGGGACCCAAAGAACAAGACCUUGGUGACCAGCAUCCUCGAGUACCACAUCCUCCAAGGGACCGUGGCCACAAACGCCCUGCCCGAGGGCCCGUCGACGUUCGCCUCGACGCUCCUGACAAACCCAGCCUACACCAACGUGACGGGCGGCCAAAACGUCAUCAUCAACAAGCAGCCCGGCGACGUGGUAGUGCUCACCUCGGGCGGCGGGUCGCGGAGCACGCUCCUGGACGCCGACAUCGCCUUCUCGGGUGGCCUAAUCCAGGUCGUCGACACCCUUCUCGUGCCGCCUCCGCGCCUGGAGCCGACCUUCCGCGACGUCUACCCGCAGGACCUGACCGCCUUCCUGGGCGCCCUCUACGCGGCGGGGCUGGUGCCCCUCUUCGCCGACUCCGCCAACGUCACCGUCUUCGCGCCCCGUAAUGCCGCCUUCCAGCUCGUCUCGGGCGCCCUCUCGACCCUGGACCGCGACGCCCUCGCCCGGGUCCUGCGCUACCACCUAGUCCCGGGCCGCAUCCUCCCUUCCUCGGCCCUCUUCGCCCCGGAUGGUCCCAACUCCACCGACACGGCAGCCACCAACACCACCACGGGCAACGCCACGAACGGCGCCGCGUCCCUCCGCAUCUCCCGCGCGGGCAACAGCGUCUUCGUCGACGGCGCCCGCAUUGUCCAGCCCGACGUCCUCCUCGCCAACGGCGUCGCGCACAUCGUCGACGCAGUGCUGAAUCCGGACGACGUGGGGCCCCCGCCGGACCCGGCGGAGCCGUCGCAGGCGCCAGCGUUCGCGCUGACGGGGGCCACAUCGACGGGGGCGCGGGCGCCCACGCCGUUCACGUCGGCGCUGCCCUGCACAACAGCAGCGAGGGAGGUGGCGGCGGCGCUGAUAGGCGGUGAUGGCAACAGUGACGGCGAUGGCGGCAGCGGCGAUGAUGACGGUGGCAGUGGCAAUGACAACGAUUAG